GCCUUCCAAGUGUAAAAUUGUAUAAGAAAAGGGACUAUACUGAUUGAGGUUUGACUGUCGGAAACAAAUCUCACACAAACUCAAUACUGGCGCUCGCUGCUUCACGCUCCGUCCAUUGACCCCAUUCUCCUUCCCUUUCUCUCUCUUUUGUACUGGAAGAAAUGGCUUCAGAUCACAAAGUUCACUCCUUUGAUGAGGUCGCAAAGCACAAUAACAAAGGGGAUUGCUGGCUUAUAAUCUCUGGCAAGGUCUAUGAUGUGACAACAUUUUUGGAUGAUCAUCCUGGUGGUGACGAGGUCUUGCUAACAUCAACUGAGAAAGAUGCAACGGAUGACUUUGAAGAUGUGGGCCACAGUGAUGAUGCAAGACAGAUGAUGAACAAAUACUACAUUGGCGAGGUUGACAGCUCCACUCUUCCAGUAAAAGGCCAGAAUAUACCACCUUUAAGGGAACCCUUGGCAUCCGACACAAGUUCUGGAGCUUUGUCCAAGAUAUUACAAUUCUUGGUACCUCUAUUGAUCUUGGGUUUAGCAUUUGCUCUGCGGCAAUAUACUAAAAAAGAUUAGGUAUAUAUAUGUGGAUUUGUGCAUUGAGCCAAGGGACUACCGUAUUAAAAAACCCAUCCUUGUGUUGCUUAGUAUUUACUUGAGGUGUGGUAAAAUAAUUGGAAAUUGGUACUGUGUGUUACUAUUAGAAUUUGUUCUGUUAUUAUUGCUUAUUGUUAUGAACUUGUAAUUGAGCAUCCUUCUGUAUGGAUUCUCAAACUUACUACUCUAUGAUGUUGUUUUUGUGAGUUGUA